UGCUGCUGCUGCUGCUGCUGUGAGGGAGAGAGGUGAGCGCAGUUGGAAAAGCAUCCUCCCACCCCACCACCACCACCACCACCACCCCUCCCUCCAAGAGCUCCUCCUCUGUCGUCGGAAAGCGGACGACCGGUCACAUUUACUCAAUGAGAGCAAGAGGGCACCGGAGAGGAUUUCCUAAUUCCUACCUGCUGCUGUGCCGUGUGGCUGUUUUUUCGUCUCUGUGAAAGCAGAGGCUAAUAUGAAGACAUCAUUUGGCAAACCAGACCCUGGGAAGCACCUACGAUCUCAUCAGCUCAUUUGAAACUGAAGACAACACCAUGCACUGUCUCCGGUAAAAUCCUGUUCCCCACUCUCCCCUCUUCCUACCAAGCGUUUGAGAGCGAGGACACGACACGCUGCACAGACAUGGCUUCAGAUCAGCCCUGCAUGGAUUCACUAGAGAAGAGCAGGCCCAUGUUGGGCGCUGCCUGUAAGCGCCAGGCCUACCGGUGUCUACGGAAAAAACUGAGGCCGGUACGGAUCUUAGGGUUCGUCUUCAGCCUGAUGGCCAUAAGUGCUGUCUCCCUCAGUGCCUUGACCUGGAGCUCAGGGGGUCAAAGCGAGGAGAGUCUGCAAGAGUCAGUUCCCCACAGGACUCUACUUUUCACCCAACCCCAGACAGACCCCAAUGCAUCAGCCGACAUGCCAAUAGCCAUGAAAUCUACAGCAGAUAGCAAUAAGAGCCAGGGGGAUUACCCAAGAGACCUUUUUACCCUUGAUGAGAGGCGCCAAGGAGCAGUGGUCCUCCACAUGUUCGGCAUGAUAUACAUGUUCAUCGCCUUAGCCAUAGUGUGUGACGAGUUCUUCGUCCCAGCUCUGACGGUCAUCACGGAGAAGCUGACCAUUUCGGACGACGUUGCAGGUGCCACCUUCAUGGCGGCUGGCGGCUCAGCCCCAGAGCUCUUCACCUCCAUCAUCGGCGUCUUCAUCUCGCACAGCAACGUGGGCAUCGGGACCAUCGUAGGCUCCGCCGUCUUCAACAUCCUCUUCGUGAUCGGAAUGUGUGCCAUCUUCUCCAAGGAGAUCCUCAACCUGACGUGGUGGCCGCUGUUCCGCGAUGUCUCCUUCUACAUCCUGGAUCUGAUCUUGCUUAUCAUCUUCUUCCUGGAUAACGUAAUCUCGGUGUGGGAAAGUGCCACGCUGCUGUCGUGCUACGCCGCCUACGUGAUCUUCAUGAAGUUCAACAGCAACAUGGAGGGCUUCGUAAAAAGUUGCAUGAACAAGAACCAAGUGGUAGAAGUGGAAGUACAGCCCAAGGAUGAGAAGGCAAGUCCUGGGGCGCUGGAGGAUGACGGCAAGUUGUCGGCCAGACCUCGGCUCCAGAGGGGAGGUAGCUCCGCCUCCCUGCACAACAGCUUGAUGAGGAACAGCAUUUUCCAGCUGAUGAUUCACACGCUGGACCCUUUAAGUGAAGAAUUUGCUGACUCUGAGCUUGGGACUUAUGGGAAACUAAAAUAUUAUCACUCAAUGACUGAGGAAGGUAAAUUCCGAGAGAAGGCAUCCAUCCUUCACAAGAUCGCAAAAAAGAAAUGCCAAGUGGAGGACAGCGAGAAGGCCAACGGAGUGGCAAGCCGUUCAGAUAAGAACCUUCCUAACAGCUCCAGCGUGGAAGUGGAAGUGACGCCACCCAUGAAUGGAACAGCGGGACAAGAGGGGGAAACGGCUGAGGACGAGGAGGAGGAGGACCAGCCUCUGAGCCUGUCCUGGCCCGAAUCCAACCGCAAGCGCUUCACCUACCUCUUAAUCAUGCCCAUCGUCCUCCCCCUGUGGCUUACGCUGCCUGAUGUCAGAAAACAGUCUGCUAAGAAGUUCUUCCCCAUCACCUUCCUGGGUGCUAUCAGCUGGAUUGCAGCCUUCUCCUACUUAAUGGUGUGGUGGGCUCACCAGGUUGGAGAGACCAUUGGGAUUACAGAGGAGAUUAUGGGCCUGACUAUAUUAGCAGCUGGAACCUCCAUCCCUGACCUCAUCACCAGUGUUAUCGUGGCACGCAAGGGUCUGGGGGAUAUGGCGGUAUCCAGCUCCGUCGGCUCAAACAUCUUCGACAUCACCGUUGGGCUGCCGUUCCCCUGGAUCCUCUGGUCCUUCUUCAGCGGCAUGAAGCCGGUGCAAGUCAGCUCCAACGGCCUCUUCUGUGCCAUCGUGCUCCUCUUCCUAAUGCUCAUCUUCGUCAUCAUCUCCAUCGCCGCCUGCAAGUGGCGCAUGAGCAAGCUGCUCGGCUUCAUCAUGUUCAUGCUGUAUUUUGUCUUCCUGGUGGUCAGCGUCAUGCUGGAGGACAAGGUCAUCACCUGCCCCGUGUCCGUGUGAGGACCUGCGAGGACCCGCUUCCUCUCCUCUCGUCACCACCACAAACAACCACCGACACAACAAUCCUUCUUGUCUGCCAUCGCUCUCACCUGACCCUUGUGAUCCUUUAACCCGGGAACGAAAUAGGAGUAUGGAUUGCUGGAGGAGAGAAUGAUAUAAAAAAAUAUGAAAUCUGCCUUUAUCUUCAGUAAGCAGACGGUGGCGGGGAGGGGUUAAAUCAACAAGGACGCAAGACUUUUGACUUGGCUGGUUUAGCUUUGGCCUAGCCUGAGUGGAUUUCUAUUUGUUAUUGUUAUUUAAUAGGCAGGUAAGGAGGGAGUAGUGGGUGUACCAGCCAAAUAUAGAAGCAUUAUGCAUGCCAUUAGUGUCACUAGAUGAGCUGGAAUCAAGACUACACCUGAUAGGCUGAGGAGGAUGACCUCCUGUGAACUUUGGGUGGGGGUGGGGGGGUGGGGGGCAAGAGGUGCACUGUAUAAAACUCUUAAAACAAGUGCAGUGGCUGAGCUGAGAUUGAACACAAAAUAACUACUGCUGUCUCCAAUAGAGUGAAAAGGAAUUUGCGGAUGAGGAAAUGGCAGACUGUGUGGAUGAAGAUUUUGCUCCAAAUGUGUUCUCUAUCUGAAAUAAAAGAGGGAAAAGACUCUCCUCUGGGCUCUGCACCUGAGCGACAAGGGACAAAACACCCUUUCUGGGCAGACAAACUUCUUCUUUCUUAUUAUUUCUUUCUCUUUUUUGGGGGAUUUAUCACAUGCUCAGUCUGACUGACAAGUUCAAGCUCCACCUCUUCCCUGCCGGACGUCGUUUUUUCACCGCUGAAUGUCUCUUCAGAGGAUUCUUUUUUUUUUUUUUUUUUUGGAUUCAUUUUCAUGAAAUACAUAGAGGUAGCAGUAGAAGUACUGUAGCAGUAUUAGAUCAUAUAGAGUCAUCUCUGCAAUCUUCUCCUAUUUUUAUUCUUUUGCCACUGAACACACGUUCUGAUUGUGCAGAACUUUCCAUGCUUCACACGCACCGAGUGACAAAGCCAAGAAGAGAAAAAAAAAAAAUCCUAACUCAAGUUUAGCCUCUCAAAAUAUAUGCUUGCCUUGAAUAUCUUUCACUGGUUUGAAAAAAAAAGGCAUGAGUUCUGUAGACUCAUUGGAGUUCCAUAUUGAAGUCUAUGUCAAAAUACUACAGUUGAAAAGAACUAAACAGUGUUUAAGCGUCACGGUUGAUUUAGAUUAGUCAUUGUGUAGUGCUUUGUUCACUGUAGAACUGGGGCUCAACUCACCGGCUAGUCAAGCUCCUGGUUAGUAGUUUAUGAAGUCAACUGCAUGUAAAAAUAGACACUUGGAGGUGAAUAAUACCAAUCAACAUUUAAGAAGUUGUAAACCAAAAUGUACACUUUUUGAAAAUAUGUUUCAUAACUUCUUAAUGCAAAACCACUGCUCAGUCUCUAUGUAGAAAUGUCAACACGUACGGUCAAUGAUAUCUAUCAAACUUGUGCAAUUUCUUUUCUAAUCAAAGGUGCUUUUGUGUGCAUGUGUGCAAUCUGCAUUUGAAUCAUCACACAAUAACCAUCUCUUAUAUUUAGCUAUGAAUAGAGGUUAUACUACCAGUAUUUUGCAACUAACUGCAAAAAAUAUAUAUAUAAACCAAUCUGUGUUUUAUACUGGAAAUAUAAAAAAACGAAACACGAUCUCUCUUUAAGCUACAUAGAAUGUGGAAAUCACUGAUUUAACAGCAAUAUACUGUGUGUGUCGUCCUUGCGUCUCUUUCUCCUCCCUGUCAGGAUGUGAUUCGACACCCGAAAGAAAAAAAAGUGUGUGUGUGUGUGUGUGGGGAGGGGGGGGGGACCAUUUCUCUGCAGCCCCUUUCUGUUAGAGCUGGCCAGAAACACCCGCUUUACCUCAACACAGCCUCUGUACAGCAGCUUAGUAGAACUGUAAAAUAUAAGUAAAUAGAUUCUCUGAAUGUGUGAGGAAACAUGCAUGUGAGGAAUUUGGGCUGGUUACCCACUGACUGUACAGCUGAGCUUAGACCAACUAUAUAUGUUCACUUUUAUGCAUCCAUUCAGACAGAAACACCAAGAACCCCAUGGUUUUACUUUGUAAAUAUGUCACACCUAUUUUUAUUUUAUUUUUUUUGCAAGAAACUUCACAGAUGUAUUGUAUUCACUCAGAGUUUUUAUCCAUUUUUGUAAUGGAUGGAAAAGCUCAGUUAUAUGUUGGUGGCCCUAAAGUAUCAAAGUAUUACUGAGAAAACGGUACUCACAAUUAUUACUGAACAUCUCUCUGGCAUACUUUACACUGUAAACAUGCUUGUUCAGGUUCUGCUAUGGAAACAGGGGAUUUUAAGACCAAAUCACGUCCUUAUCUGUAACAACAGCAGGACUUCUUGAUGCAUCAAAAAUGCUUCUGACAUGAGGUAAAGUUUGGAAAUGCACAGAAAAGAGGAAACCUAUGAUCAUUUCGUUCAACAAACACAUUAGUAAUUCAUAUGCGGUGUGCUUUUGUACGGUACAUUUCCACACGCUAGAUUCAAAGAGUUAAUAUAAGGCCGCAAUGAUGACUCAUGUACUUUGUGAAAUCCUCCUGUGAACAUUCACCAUUAAACUCCCUCUCACUCUCAAAGCGCCCACACGCUCUCCUUAGUGAUCACACCUCGCCUCAAGUUUCUACUCGCCCUUCUCUUUGAAAGAAUGAAAACAUUUGUGAAAUGCACUUUUUUUUUUUUUUGCUCUCCUAAAGAGAUGAA